ACUAAGUUGUGAAUUGUGAUUAACAAAUUCUUUAUACGCAGAGAUUUUGGAUCAGUGGGACUCCUCAUUUCUUAUUUAUCUCUCUUAGAACUGUGACCAACUCUUCUCUCUUCCCUCUCACCCUCUUUAUCUUUCCAUUUUCUCUACCUAAAUUGUUCCCAGUCUUGUUCAUAAAUUUUCUGGUAAGAAUUUUUUGUUGAUUAAUCUGUCAAAUCGAUCAUGUUGAAGAGCUCCUUUAAGUUACAACACCCUCUUGAACGAAGACAGGCUGAAGCUGCUCGUAUCAGGGAGAAAUACCCUGACAGAAUUCCUGUUAUUGUCGAGAAGGCUGAAAAAAGUGAUAUUCCUGACAUUGACAAGAAGAAGUACCUUGUUCCUGCUGAUUUAACUGUGGGGCAAUUUGUCUAUGUCGUGCGGAAAAGGAUAAAGCUCAGUGCUGAGAAGGCCAUAUUCAUUUUCGUAAAGAAUAUUCUACCACCUACUGCUGCGAUGAUGUCAGCUAUAUAUGAAGAGCACAAGGAUGAAGAUGGUUUUCUAUACAUGACCUACAGUGGUGAGAACACAUUCGGAGCUUUCUAAGUGUGUCACUGGCUCACUGCUGGUGGUUUACGUAAAUAAGUUUCUACAACAAACCAACCAAGUUUGUAAAUAGUUUCUGCCAAUUAUCUAUUAAAACUAUGUCGCUUAAUGCCACCGUUCCUAAAACAAGUUCCAUUUGGAUAAUUUGGAUCUUAUAUAUUCGUUAGUUUAUUUGAUGCAUAUAUAGUACUUCUAUGAUGGAA